GCAAGACUGACUGCCCCCACUCCCUCAGUCGGCUCGAGUACUCUCCAGCGUGAGCACCAGUCCAGUGAUCGGUCUUCUUUCGUCACAUACACUACUCAGUCCUCAGUCCUCAGUACUCAGUACUUAGUACACUCUACUGUAUUGUUUCUAUAUCGAGUUUUGUGGUGGUUAGGUUGGUGACUAGUGCUUACUUUUUGGAAAUUUUUUACAACAUUUGAAUAGGAGAAGAUGGGCGCUCGGCAGUCUAAGCGGUCGGUGGACAUAUCGUCGACGCCGAAAAAGGAGAAAUUGGAAGGAGGGCAGGAGGAAAAGUUGGAAAAGAUCGAAGAAGGAGAUGUGAAAGUUCAGAACGGAACGGCAACACACGCCGAAGGAAAGCCUCAGGAAUCGACGGAAAACCAAUCGACGGAGAACGCAAACGAAAAUACAGAAUCUGCCGAAAACACGGAAAAGACAGUUCCCGCCGUAACGGAAGCCGGCGACGCCACUCCGGCAGCGACAGAGAACGGAGAGGCCGAAAAGAAGGAGGAAGUAGCCGCCACCACCCCUGAGGAGAAGAAGGUCGAAGAGCAGGCCAAGGCAGAAGACAAGUCAGAGAAGAAGAAGAAGGAGAAGACAAAGAAGAAGUGGUCCUUCAGGUCGAUCUCUUUCUCGAAAAAGGACAAGUCGAAGCCCUCCUUGAGCAGGGAGGAAUCGAAAUCAAACGACCUCGCCAAGGAAGCCCCGGUACCAGAGGAGACGACAACAAAGAGCGGUUCAGAAGAAACUAGCCCAUCAGAACCCGAAGCAGCAACCCCAGCCGUCGAUGAAGCAGCUAAGGAAAUCGUACCACCAACUGAGACAAAGACGGAAGAAACUUCAAUCAUGUCAGAUAUUAAGUCUGCUGUCUGUUCUCUGACUUCUGCUGCUGAAAGCGAAGGAACAAAAAUCAUUGAAGAGACCAAGGUAGUCACGACUGAGGCUAAAGAAGCCAUCAAUACCAUCGUUCAAGAAGCUGGUUCCAAAAUCAUCGAAUCCGGUACCAAACUUAUUGAAUCGGGCACCACAAUGGUCGUUGAAGAAAGCAAGACCAUGACCACUCAAAUCACAGAGUCUGCUUCCAUCAUCAAGACCAGCACAAAAACUAUUGAGAUUGUUGAGGAGACAAUCGCACCUCCUCUACCAGCAAGCCCCCCACCUACUGAAGCUCCUCCACCAACCCCUGUUGCACCACAGCCCGCCCAGCAUGAGCAUGAGGAAUUGAUCGGAGGUGGUGAGAGCAUGGCUGAAAUGCCAGAAGAAAAUGGAUUAGGCGUCAAUGACAAAUUUGAUGACUAUCAUGAAGACUUUAUCGCAAAGGAGAUGAAUGGAGGUGGCGAAAGCAUGGCUGAAAUGCCAGAAGAGAACGGAUUAGGAGACAAUGACAAACUUGACGACGACCAGGAAGACAUUAUUCCAAAAGUGAACGGACACAAUGAGAGUCCUGUUAAAGUUGAAGAAAUCACUGAAUGUCUGUUGAAGACAUCUAUUGAAGAGAAACAUGUAAUUGAUAACCAUCUAGAAGUAGCAGUCGAUGAUGGGAAGACGCAAGAGUAAAAUUUCUGUAUUCUAAAUGCAUACCCAAAUUAAAUUAAAGCGAUUAUCAAAUUGCGCCAAUUAUAAAUGUAUAAAUACUUCUUUAUUGUAAAAAAUAUUUCUCACUGCUAUUAAGAGAAACUUUUGAGUGACUGUGAUGCGUGUCUCAAUUAUGAAACAAAAAAGAUUUUUAAAUUUUAAUGAUAAAAAAAAAUUACCCUCGAAAAUACAAUUUUAAUUAUUUUAAAAAAAAGUAAAAAUUUUAAAAUGGUGUAUAUUGUCAUGGGAAGUCCAAUUUUUUAAAGACUGUUUUUAGUGGUAUUUUAAGGGGCUCAAAUUUUUGCACAGUUUUUAUACUUUUUAAUACAACCUCAAUGAUGAAAUAGAAUUUUAUAUAAAAAAAAUUUUCUAUGACAUUAAUGAAGAAAAUCAUAGGUUUUUUAUUUUUAUUUUCCGUCUUAUAGCCGUUGGAAUUUCACUGCCUGUAUUAUAUAAUCUGGAAAUUAUUGUAUAUUGCCGUGGACCAAUGACACCAUUUCAAACGCAUCCUUUUAGUAGCUGAUGGAAGCAUCACAAUAAUACUCUUCUCGUAAUUUUUUUUUUUUUUUUUAAUAUAUUGUCAUAAAAGCCUUGUAAUUUAUGAUGAGAAUAUUCUUUAAAUUAAAAAACGGGGUUGUCCACUGUCCAAAGUUCAAACAAACAUCACCAUUUUUCAGUUUUUAGGCUUUAGCGUUAAUUUUUAUUAUAUAUAAUGUUCUUUCAAGUCUUGGGAGUCGUAUCUCCGUCACUGGUGUAUAUGAUUACUACAAUGUUAAUAUAAGAGAUAUGGUGAUGUUUUGUUUGAUACUAGUUUUUACCCUUAUAUUAUAAAUAUAUAAAUAUAUAUAUAAAUGAAAAUAUAAAAUUAAGAAAGAAAAAAAAAAAGAACAAAGAUGUUUUGUAAGAUAGUUCUUGGGUAGCGAGUAAGAUGUUAUAUGCUUUCUUUUGUAUCGUAAACACAGGAAUGUGGGUUUCUCUCAUAUAUAUAUCGCAUUUCUGAAUUAUAUCUUGCUUCGAUUAAAAAAAAAAUAAAUAAGAUAUAGAAAGAAAGCAAAGGAGGGAGACAUUUUUUAAAAAAUAUUUCCAAUAUUAUAUUGUAAACUGUUUUAUGUGUAGUAGUAUAGAGGAGUACUUGCUGCAGGAGUGUACGAUACAGAAAAGUGCUUUAUAUGAUCAGAUAAAACCAAAACAAUUUGUAAAAAAAAAAGUAAAAUGUUUUCGAUUGGGAUGGGAUUGGUCUAAGGCCUGCACGCAAUGGCUAAAUAUAUUAAAGGCAACGAAUUAAUAUUGUUCCAAUUUUUUGUAUAUGUAUUUUUGCAAAUGUCGCUAAUGAUUAUCAGCUUUUCAAUGUGGAAAAUAAUGCAUUUAAAUCUACCCUUAUCGAAACCCUAUUUUUCGCCGUUUUAUACAUAAAAAAAUCCCUUCUCAAUCUUAUAUUGUAUGUGUGAAUGUGUUUAUAAAUUUAAAUAUAUGUUUAAAAUAUU